UUUGCCAGUGCUUUUUCUGUGGUUAUGAGUAAGUGCUGAGAUGGUGGCUAAAAAGGAAGUGAACAACUGAGGGAUAAAAUCAGCUUCCUCUUGUUUUACUUUAAAAAGAUGAAUGCUAGACUGUCACAACACUCGUGAGCUGACAAGACUGCUGACAAAUAGAAGGUUAGUGGGACAAUGAUGAUUCAAGCUAAACUGCAUCAACUGGCAGAAAGACUACGACGGCUCUGGUCCAGAAUAUGUGGUCUCUACACAAAAAAUGUCACAAAAAGCUGGAAGGAAAAACUUCUCCUCCUGCUGACCUGUUUCACCACCAGUCUCAUUCUGAGCAUCUUCCUCUUUCUCAUCCUCCACUUUUCCUUCAAAUGCGUUCAGGAGGUUUCGCUUCCCUUUACUUGUGUUUUUUGUUUAAGCUUAACACCAGCCAUGUAUUUCUCAGAAAGGAUUCGCUGUUUUGGAGCCUUGAUUUUGAUCUCCCUGGGUAUGAAACAAGUGAAGAGCCUUCUUCUCACUUUGGGAACCAGUUCAGUGAUUUUCUUCAACAUCCAGAACACGUUGCAGAACAUGACACUGCUUGCAAAAGGCCUCAUCUGCAACUUGGAGGAAAAGUUAUUGGAUAUUAAUACAGAACCCCUCGGGAAUUAUAUUAAAAUGCUGAAAUGGGUGGGAAAGCAACUUAAAAAUUACUUUACGAGCUUUCAGUUGGGGAGUUACCAUGCAGAUUUCAAACUUAAAGCAAAGGUUGACUCCCAAGAUUUCAAAAUUCACCUCACUGAGGCAGAACAGACUUUAAACCAGACCACGCAAGAUGUGUUAGCACUGACCAACGCUUUGUCCUCAAUAGGAAAGAUACUGUCUCCAACAUUAGGUCUUUUAUUUCUUGUACUUCUCACUGCUCUAUACCUGAGAAGAUUCCACGUAGACAAAAAGUACAACAACCAAUUCAUCACAAAAACUUUCCGUUGUUUUGACGAGAAGCAAAAAGAAGAGGGAAAACAGUAUGUCCUUCCACUGACCAAAAGCGAAUCGGAACUUUACAUAGUGACUCCGUCCAUUCGGCCGACGGGUCGGCGGUGGAAAGCCAUGCUCAAGUUCAGUCUUCCCAUAUUCACUCACUGUCUCACCUGGCUGGUGUUUAUCAGUCUAGAUGCCCUGAUUUACUGGCUUAUUGUAGUUCUGAGCAAGCGGCUCGGGGAGAUGGAGCCACUUCGUGUUCCUGUGGGAAUAAAAGUUCAGGAGGCCACAUUGUUUCUAGGAUUACCUGUUGAUGAAAAUGCAAAAGGGGCAAACUUUUCCUACACGGUGUCUCUGUUUGAGAAGAAGUGUUUGCCUGAACCGGAACUGUGGCUCUAUCAGUCUCUGGUUCCUCUGUCUGUCGUCCUGGCCUUGCUGGUUGUUCUGAUUCUUCUUUCAUCACAGAUGGUCCAGCUCAGAGUUGUGCUAUCUGAGCAGUUUUUCUCAGAUGUCGCAGAGAAAAGAGCUUCCUAUCUACAUGCAAAAAUUUUAAGAAAGCGGUGCAAGUCUAAAGCAGAAGAGCAUGAUGGAGCUCUGAAGACUUUAGCCAUGCAGCCGAGUUUUUGGUGCCCCUUACUCUUCCAUAAGCACAGGACAAACCUUGAUGCUGUUUAAAUAGGAUUGAAGUUGAAGCAACACAUCAGUCAGUUGAUCAGCUAUAACUGUAGGUUUGACAUGUUGACAACACAACAUUCACUCUCCUUUUUAUCAAAAAGUGCCCCCUGGGAUUGCACUGUAUACAGAAAGUAGGUGUUCUGUCAUUGAACAAUGAGCAUAUGCA